AUGCGGUCGCUUGACAAUCCUUUCUGCUUCGUUUUGCAGAUCUGUAAAUAUCCCUCCUUACACUCUGGGCGUUCUCGCAAUGUGUGUGUGCCGCUCUUCCGAUUCCCACUUAUGCUUUCUAGCUUUAUUCUUGGGUGUGUGAAUGUUCUGAAGUUAUUGCUAUUGUCUGGGGAUGUUGAAUUAAACCCCGGGCCAAACCAGAGUGAGGCAAUUCUUGCUGCCAUUGCUGCACUAUCGACUAAAACCGACACACGGCAUACUGAAAUGAUGAAAAUGUUAACAGAGCUCACAACUAACCAACGUCAACUGGAACAAAAAGUGUGUGACCUAACUACAAGACUCGCAGCAGUCGAAUCUCUUGUCGAGUCUCUAGACGUGCCCCAGGAAGUUUCCGAUCUUUCUAACGUCGUAAGUGAGGCUCUUCGGGGCGAGACUGUUGCACUGAAUUCACGACUUGACGAGCUUGAAGAUAGAUCACGCCGUGACAAUUUAAUAUUUUAUGGCCUCCCCGAUAGCUCUAAUGAAAAUUGGUCACAAACGGAGACGCUCAUCCGUAAUACUCUUUCCAGGAUAUUAGACUUGAAUUUAUCUGAUAAAGCGAUAUCUCGUGCUCAUAGGUUAGGUUCGUAUAUCACUAAUAAUUGCCGCCCAAUAAUUGUUAAAUUUUCUUCCUCUAAGUCUAAGGACUGUGUUCUUUCUAAACGGCCAAAGUUCAGAGGAUCGGGGAUUUCAGUGGGUGAAGAUUUUUGUCGGGCUACACGACUGUCGCGUAAGAAGCUGGUUGAAUUCGGCAAGGCCAGCGGCCAAAGGUUUUCGCUUCGCCUCAACAAGUUCCACGUCAAUAACAAAAGCUACGUGUACUGCCCCGCAACUGAUAGUGUCUGUGAAGUAGAUUCCAAUGAGCCCCAUGCAGCUAUCAGCGACACAACCACCCCAACCACUAGCAUUGCUAGACCGCCUGUAACAUAG